GUGAUCAGAAGCAAAGUUUUUUCCCCUUUCUGUAGUCAGUUUUACCUGGAAAAAACACCGCGGUGAGGUGCAGACAAGAUUGACUGGACCAAAGACUAAAUUAUCCUCCAGAAUCUGUAAGGGGUUCGUCCAUGUUGAAUGCCACCUGUGGAAGAGUAGGGCAAGUUGGACCAACCUCUGCAGCCAUUCCCCAGUUCCAAUAUGACUCGCCGAUGGGGUCCAAGUCUGGAAUGUUUCAGUUUUGGAGCAAUGAUGCCUUUGGAAGCUCUCACACGAUGUCCUUCAGUCCUCCAAAGGCUCAGUAUGCUCUUGGGACAGCGCCAUCAGCUUUGGGAUCACAGGAGCUUUCCCUGACCCCUCCAACAGAAUCGGUCUACACUUAUGAGUUGUCUUCUCUGAAGAUCCUGACUACUUCAGUUUUGGAAAGUUCGGCCUAUCCUUACCCCGAAGCUAACGGAAUUGCUCCGAGCUUCCCCAACCUUAUUCCCAGUUCUUCAGCGUUGCCAAAUAGACAUGUAUCGCCCGGUCAUCCUGACGAAAUUCCAUGGUGGAGCAUGCAAGAGCCCAGUCCUGUCAAUCCUCACCAUCUCCCGUUUGGAAGAGCUGUGGUUUUGGGCCAUCAAAGCCAAUUGCCAUCUACUUUCCUUCAGAGCUCUUCCAAAGGUCUUCUGAACUGUGCCAGGCGCUGUCGGAGAUGCAGGUGCCCCAACUGUCAGUCUCCAGGCAGUAGUAAAGACCAGGGUAAGAAGAAGCAGCACGUCUGCCACGUUCCUGGCUGUGGCAAAGUCUAUGGAAAGACCUCCCACCUGAAAGCCCACCUGAGGUGGCACGCUGGAGAACGCCCCUUUGUUUGCAACUGGCUGUUUUGCGGGAAGAGCUUCACCAGGUCUGACGAGUUGCAGAGACACCUGAGAACUCACACUGGGGAGAAACGCUUCUGCUGUCAGGAAUGUGGCAAGCGGUUCAUGAGGAGUGACCACCUCUCCAAGCACACCAAAACCCAUCAGAAUAAACGGAUGAAACACCAUGGAGUGAGUCUGGCAAACAUCAAAAUGGAGUGAGGGAGAAAGCUGAGCUUUGCUGAUGGCCUCGUGAAUCAGCGCAUGAGAUGGAGUUGGGAUCGAGACGUGCUAUCGGCAAAGUCCUAGCUUAACUGCCUGGUCUGUGUUAAGUUGAGUGAUCUUGGCCAAGGGUAGCAAUAAGGAAUACUGAAUCUGUCCUUGGGCUUGGGAAGUGAAAAAUCAAUUCGGGAUCCUGGGAACUGGGCCUUUGUGCAUUUGAGUGGGGCUAGGUUGGAUCGAGCCUCUGAUACCUUCCCAUAUCUCGGCCCUGCACCAGCGGUUAACUAUUCUUUCAACUUA